UGGUCGCUACGGGGCAGAAAGCAAGUACACGAAAUGGCGUCCGCAGCAGAUUACAACAGUUAUGGACAGGCUGGAGGCCAGCAGGGGUAUGGCUCCUACGCUGCCCAGACCUCACAGACCUAUGGGCAAGGUGCCCAGCAGUCCUACGGUCAGCAGCAGGGCUAUGGCUCAUACACCCAGCCUGCUGAGUCAGCCUAUUCUCAGACAGGCAGCUCAUCUGGGGGAUACAGUCAGCAAACCUACGGGUCCUCAUAUGGGCAACAGCCCCCAGCCGGCGGAGGCUACAAUGCGGCACCGGCAGCGUCUCAGGGCUACAGCCAACCCGUGCAGGGUUACGGGGCUGGGGGCUAUGACACGUCCACAGCCACCGCUGCCACCUCCUCCGCGGGCAGCCAGGCAUCGUACAGCAGCCAAGCAGGUUACGGAGCUCAGCCCGCUUAUCCUGGAUAUGGACAACAGCCUGCGUCUUCUGCUCCUCCAAGUUACAGCGCCAGUAGUCAGCCCCCUUCUGGCUAUGAGCAGAACUCCUAUUCCCAGCCUCCCCAACAGGGGUCUUACUCACAGCAGCAGGGUGGCUACCAGAGCCAGCAGGGGGGCUAUGGACAGCAGAGUUCCUACAGCCAGCAGAGUGGAUACCAGCAACAGGCCCCACCCCAACAACAGCAGGCCCCGCCCUCCAGUUAUGCCCCUCCCACUGCUUCUUACGGACAGCCUCCUGCCAGUCAGUACGGCCAACAGACCAGCAGUGGAUAUGGCCAGAGUGACUACAAACCACCCAGUCAGUAUGGUAGCUACAGGCAAGACCACCAGAACGGCAUGGGUGGGGGAGGCUACUCGGGCCCGGAUUCUGCUGUCUACGGGGGCUCUGCAGAGGGUCGUGGCUUGGGAGGGGGGGAGAGCCGUGGGCGUGGCCGAGGGGGGUUUGACCGGGGCAUGAUGCGAGGAGGAGGAGGCAGUGGAAUGCGUGGGGGCAUGAAUCGUGGAGGCAUGGGUGGCUGUUUAAGGGAAAGUGGCCUUCAUAUCUCCGCCUAUUCCCCCAGCAUCGCUGGAGACAGAGGUGGCUUCAUUAAGCCUGGUGGACCAGAUCCAGACAUGGGCCGCCCAGAGGAGCAGGAUGACUCUGAGAACAGUACCAUUUACAUCACCGGCCUGACGGAGAACGCCACGCUGGACGAAGUGGCUGCGUUCUUCAAACACAGCGGCAUUAUCAAGAUAAACAAGCGGACUGGCCUCCCGGCGGUAAACAUCUAUACAGACAAGGAGACGGGCAAACCAAAGGGUGACGCUACUCUGUCUUACGAGGACCCCCCGGCAGCCAAGGCUGCGGUGGAGUGGUUCGAUGGUAAAGAUUUCCAGGGGAAGAAGCUGAAGGUUUCCAUGGCCCGUCGGAAGCCCACGAUGGGGAUGAUGCGUGGGGGCAUGCCGAUGAGGGGUGACCGCGGGGGCAUGAUGACCCGAGGAGGGAUGAUGGGUCGUGGAGGUAUGGGCAGAGGUGGUGAGCGCGGCGUGUUCGGACCCCGUGGAGGCCCGCGGGGUAUGGGCCGUGGAGGACCGUCUGGAGGGAACAUGCAGCAGCGCGCAGGAGACUGGCAGUGCCCCAACGCCGGCUGUGGGAACCAGAACUUUGCCUGGCGGAUGGAGUGUAACCAGUGCAAGGCCCCCAAACCCGAGGGCUUUGGACCACCCCCUUUCCCUCCAGGUGGCGAUCGCGGUCGUGGGGGGCCAGGUGGGAUGCGUGGAGGACGCGGUAUGGACCGGGGAGGCCCCGGCGGGCCAGGGGGGCCUGGUGGCUUCCGGGGGGGCAGAGGUGGUGACCGUGGUGCUGGCUUCCGAGGUGGCCGUGGCAUGGACAGAGGCGGAUUUGGUGGGAGGGGCCGAGGCGGCCCUCCCAUGGAUGACAUGGGAAGGAGGGGGCGGGGAAUGGCACCACCUGGCAAGAUGAUGGACAUGAAGGGAGAACAUCGUCAGGAGAGGAGGGACAGACCAUACUGAGAAUGGCCUCAGUGGAAAUCCCCACCUCAUUUUUCCAUGCAGAUUUUAAACUUGUAAUUCCAUAUUUAUAAUGGUUAGUAUGGGAAUUGUGACUGCGCUCCAAGUAGUCCUCAGUAACCUUUUUAUUUUUUAUUUCUAUAAUGUUUGUUUUAGUUCAUCUAUUUUAUUUUUGUCUUUUUGUGGUCUUUGUUCUGGCUGUGAGCUGGUGGUGAAUCCAGACGUCAUGCAUGUUCAAUGUACAGACUGAGUUUGUGGAAAAUGUUUAUUGUGGAACAAACUUUUUUUAUGCCAAGUGCUCCAUUUUGUUUUGACCUGCCCUCUCCCUGUAUAGUGUUGGAUUAAAAAAAGAAAAUUCA